AUUAAGCAGGGAAAAAUUGAUGCACUACGAACUGGUGGAGGCUAUGAAGCAGAAGGAAAGUUUGAUCCCUCACGAUACGGUUAGUGGUAUGCAAAGAAUUCAACUAUCCGUUUCAAUCCGACUAUUUGUUCUGGGGGCGGAGAUGCACAUGCAAUACCUGGAAGAUCAUCAGGAAUGCUUGGACAGCAAAGUUCACCAGUACGAUACUAACAAUGAAAAGUUUGAAUUCUUAGUGGCCAGUAGUGAUUACGAUCCGACGUUGGCAGCCGAAACUAUUCUAUAUAUCUAUUCUGAGAUGGCAAAAGAAACCCAACCUACAAGGUAUGAAACGGAAAUCAGUCGCCUGUUCGGCUCUCAACAAAAAAUCACCCAACGUUGCUUCAAGUGCAACACCGAAAGUGUCAAAAAUAAUAUCCUAGUGUACAAUCUCCUGUUUCCUACCAACACCAACAACCGACAUGUCGACGGAACAUUGCGUCAAUUUUGAAAAAAUAUAUGUCCGUUGAAAAAACUA